UCACAUAUAACUGCUGUCUACGGUUUCCGGUAUAAAGGGAAAUCACUCUCGCACCCGUUUCUGAUGAAGGUAGUAAAUGAUCUCACAACAAAAUCAUUAACGUUUUCUCAAGAUGUGGGGAAACUAUACUUUCUGCAAUAGCCUUUUGCGGAGGAUUCUCAGUAAGCCGAUUCGUCUCAUGUCUACAAAAACAUCCAAAGCAUCAGAACACGUCUUUGAGGAAAUUUUUACAGCAGAUGAGAAGACAAGGAUUCUAGAUAUCUUCAAUAAAUGCACCACAGAAGAACUGCAAUUCAUUCGACUUUUGAACAACCAAAAGGCUGUUGCUAUAGUCAAGUACAGGGAACGGAAUGGAAAUUUUUCUUCUCUGCCUGAACUUUUACAUGUUCCAGGGUUAGGCAUCAUUGGCCUUCAAAAGAUCUGUAAUACAGUAAAAAAUGUGGACUUCACUUCUGUUCAUCAACUGAAGAAAAGCCUAGAGUUGGAAUCAGUUAAAACAAAGCCACCUUUACCAGAAAACGUGUGUGAUAACUUGAGGUCACUUGUUGCAUUGGAAAUACAUGCAGAUUGUGUUGGCUUUGCACAUAUGACUCGUGACAUGACACUAGAAUCAUGGAGUUUACUUCCAUUGUUUGACAAGCCAUUCCAACGUGUCGACCCUGUGCAAUUGUUAGAUAAGCUUAUGCAGGUGGUGCAACAACUACCAAAAGCAGACAUCUAUGUACUAGAAAGUCAGAUUUACCGCUACACUAAUCUUCGUAUUGUUCCCUUUCUCACCAAUCUUCGCCUCAUGGAAGCCAUGCUUGUGACACUGUUGAACCCAGACCUUGCCCAAACAUGCCAGUAUCGAACAUUCUUUCUCAAACAAAACUCAGUCAUGAAAUUUUUCAAUCUCUCUGUUGGAGGUGAGAAAGUGAGCUGCAGGCACAUAAUACAGGAUAUCCAGCGCACCGCAUUGCCAGAGAGAGAUCCCAAAAGUCUUGUCUCCAAUGUUAAUGUGCCAUCCAUGUUAUGGGGAACCUACUGGAAUGAGAAGUCUUUGGGUCAAGAAAGAUUGUCAAACUGUCUUCUAUUAGCGGUAGCUUUUUACAAACUGGUGGUAUUGAAGACUCACUUUCUGCAGCAGUGAUCUGUAUUUCUGCGUACUUGAUUAUUGAUAAUUGCAGAUUUAUUUAAAACGAUGUUUAUAUUAUCGUGCGGCUACCACUUUAUAUUUUAUCUUUUUUAUUCUCAGUGUAGUUUAUUUAAUUUUUUGGUAAUUAAAAGCCAUUAAUUAUGUUUUAAUAUGAUUAAUGAUGCAUUCAACGUAGUGUCUUUAAUGGCUCUGCAUUAAAAUGCACAAAUGCACCAGUAAAAGAGGACAAUUUCUUUUUAAGCCUUGAUAAAUGUUAAGGGCUUGUCAAGUUGGACUGAACAAUACUUUAGUGGUGUGCUGAGAAGAAUAUAAUUUUAUAACACUGGAGAUUUAGAAGGCUGUUUAUGUUUGUGUAAUCAUUUUUCUCGCAUUAAGUUUUAACUGGAAAGUAUCAGUGUUGACAAUUUUCUAUUAAGUGAUAAAAAAAGUUCCAUUCAGCUAGUGAAAA